AUGUCUACCAACACCUCAGGGGUUGUAAGAGAUUUCAUCCUCGUGGGCUUCUCUCACCUCAUGGGUUUCCAGGGUCUCCUCUUCGCCCUCUUCCUCACCAUCCACCUGCUCACUGUGGUUGGCAACUUCCUCAUCGUGGCCUUAGUCUCAGUCGACGCCAAGCUCCAUUCGCCGAUGUACUUCUUCCUCCGCAUCCUCUCGGCCCUGGAGAUCUGCUACACCUCCGUCACCGUCCCGCUUGUGCUCCACCACCUCCGGACCGGGAGGGGCCGGAUCCCGAGAGUCGGCUGCGCCCUCCAGAUGUUCUUCUUCCUCUUCUUUGGGGCCACUGAAUGCUGUCUCCUAGCCGCCAUGGCUUAUGACCGCUAUGCUGCCAUCUGCACUCCACUCCGCUACCCGCUCCUGCUGAACCGCCGGGUGUGCCUACAACUGGCUGCAGGAGCCUGGACUUGCGGGGCGCUGGUGGGGCUUGGCCACACCUCUUUCAUCUUCUCUCUGUCCUUCUGUGGGCCCAAUGAAAUCCCUCACUUCUUCUGCGAGAUUCAGCCAGUGCUGCAACUAGUCUGCGGGGACACGUCGCUCAACGAGCUGCAGAUCAUUUUGGCUGCCGCCCUUAUCAUCCUUUGCCCCUUUGGGCUGAUCCUGGUCUCCUACGGUAAGAUCCUAGCCACAAUUGUACGGAUCCCAUCUGCUGCAGGCCGCCGCAAGGCCUUCUCCACCUGCUCCUCACAUCUGCUUGUGGUUUCCCUCUUCUAUGGCACAGCCAUCUUCAUCUACAUCCGCCCUAAGGCCAGCUACGACCCGACCACGGAUCCACUAUUGUCUCUCUUCUAUGCGGUGGUUACUCCUAUCCUCAAUCCUGUUAUCUAUAGCCUUCGUAAUGCUGACGUCAAGGCAGCCCUCAAGAGGACUCUUAGAAAGAUGAGUUCCAAAGAGAUGUAG